AUGGAAGAUAAUUCAGAAUUAUUUUUCAAAUUAUUUAGAAUUAAUUAUAUAAGGUCAAAUAUUUUUAGAUUUUUAAAACUGUAUAAUAUAAAUCAAGGAAAAAGAAGGUUUUCGAGCUAUAAUGAUUUAAAAAAUUUUAAACAUAAAGAAUAUCUUCAAAAUGUUUUUUUAGAUUUUAAUGAAGAUCCAUUGGAUUUAGAAAUUUCGGACCACCUAGAAACCAUUGAAAUCUCAUACAAGCUAGAAGAAUUAAAAAGUGACAUACCAUCAUCAAUUACAUCACUUAUAGCACCAUCGAGAUUUAAUUUAAAACAUUAUAAAUCAGCAACAAAACUAAAAAAACUACAGUGCAAAUAUGUUUCUCUGGGCUAUCAUUCACCAUUUUUUAAUGAGUUGCCCGAUUCAGUUGAAGAGCUAACCCUCAUGCGUUUUAGAUACCCAAUCUUCAAAGAGAAAUUACCAAAAAAUCUAAAGAAGCUCAUUCUUGAUUUCGACCGAUUUUAUAAUAGAACUUUUUCAUCAGGCCAACUUCCCUUAUCUAUAGAAUAUCUUGAAAUCAAUGUUUCCUAUCAAAGUUUUUUAAUCGAACCAAGGAUACUCCAUUAUGGAUUAAAAACACUAAAAAUGGAUUCCCACUGUAUGAAAAUUCCUGAAGAUUUUUAUUUCCCAGAAACUUUAACAAGUAUAUCCCUUUGUUUCAAAGAUAGCUACCCGUGUAAUGGGCUUUUACCAAAUUCUUUGAAAAAACUCAAACUUUCAAUGCAAAAGCUACCAAAUCAACUGUGCCAAUCAAUAGAGUUACCAUUAUCAGUCGAAAAAUAUAAAUUUGUUUAUAUAAACUAUCCAACGAGUCCUCAAAGCAUCACCCGAAAUAUGAUUCCAAAAAAUGUAGUUUCAUUAAAAUUAGUUAAUGUAGAUAAUAUUUUAGAUCCAAAUAAUGGCAAUUCAAUCUUACCAAGUGAGUUGCAAAAUUUAGAAAUCACUUCAGAAUUAAAUAAUCAAACUUUUAACAAUCAAUUAAAAGCAAAUCAAUUCCCAAAAACUUUGAAAAAACUAUCUCUUAAGGGUGGUUUUAAUAAUGGUGGUGAACCAUUAUCUGCUGAAGUUAAGGAUCCUGAUAACAGCGUUUUCCCAUCAAGUUUGGUAUAUCUUGAGUUUGGUGAUUCAUUUAACCAACCUCUAGGUAAGAAUGUUUUUUCCAAAUCAGGAAAUUUGGAAACAAUCAAGUUUGGUCAAUCUUUCAAUCAAAUCAUUGAUAUCGAUUUAAUCCCAUCAAGUGUUAAAACUAUCGAAAUCACAAACUUCGAUUACCCACACACUCCCCAAUUAGCAAAACUACUCGAAAAAAACCCAAAUAUUCAAUUCCUUGGUUUUAAUAUUUUAGAUAUUUUUAACAAAUGCCCAGAGAAGCUCAAAUCUUUUGAAAUUAGAUGUAAUAGGCCAUUAAAUAGCUUUAAUUUGUCGAACAAAUGCAAUUUAGAGAAAUUAAUAUUCAGUAAUGAAUUUAAUCAAACACUUUUAUCCAAAGACUUACCAGUAGAUAACAAUAUCAAGGUAUUGAAGCUAGGUAGCGGAUUCUAUCACCAAAUUAAUUUAGAUCAUUUUAAAAAUCUCGAAACUCUAUAUGUCAAUGAUGCUAAUUUUGAACUUAUUUCAUCAUACUCAUCAAAAUUCCUCUAUCAAAGUCCUCAGCUCAUAACAGAGUCUAUAGACUAUAACCUCUAUAACUUAAAAGAAAUCAUUGUUAAUGUAGAUAAUUCAGUAUUCAUCGAUUCAUUAAAUGAAGUGUUUUACCAAUUUGUUAGAAUCAAAAAAAAUAAUUAA